GGCCCCGCCCCAUGGGGUGGCCUGGCCGUUUGGUCUGGAGCAGCUGAAACCGGUUUGAGCGGAGGCGCUCCCUACCGCUCAGCGCUGCCGCGGAUCGCCUGGAGGAGCGCUGGCGAGGUGUGGACGGCGGGCGCCCGGCACCUCAGCCUGCGGCCCUCGCUCUCCGGCGCGGCGGUGCCGCGGACCGCUGACCCGGGGACACGGCAGCAAGACAUCCUAAAACAAAUCCAUCAAAAUGACACCUUCUCAAGUUACCUUUGAAAUAAGAGGAAAUCUUUUACCAGGGGAAGUUUUUGCGAUAUGUGGAAGUUAUGAUGCUUUGGGAAACUGGAAUCCACAAAAUGCUGUGGCUCUUCUUCCAGAGAACGAGACUGGUGAAAGCAUGUUGUGGAAAGCAACCAUUAAACUCACUAGAGGCAUAUCAGUUCAAUAUCGCUACUUCAGAGGGUGCUUUUUAGAACCAAAGACUAUCGGUGGUCCAUGUCAAGUCAUAGUUCACAAGUGGGAGACUCAUCUACAACCACGAUCAAUAACCCCUUUAGAAAAUGAAAUUAUUAUUGAUGAUGGACAAUUUGGAAUCCACAAUGGUGUUGAAACUCUGGAUUCUGGGUGGCUGACGUGUCAAACUGAAAUAAGAUUACGUUUGCAUUAUUCUGAAAAACCUCCAGUCUCAAUAACCAAGAAAAAAUUUAAAAAGUCUAGAUUUAGGGUAAAGCUUACACUAGAGGGUCCAGAGGAAGAUGAUGAUGAUAGGGUGUCUCCCACUCUUCUUCACAAAAUGUCCAAUACCUUGGAGAUAUCUUUAAUAAGUGACAAUGAGUUCAAGUGCAGGCAUUCACAGCCAGAGUGUGGUUAUGGCUUACAGCCUGAUCGCUGGACAGAAUAUAGCAUACAGACAAUGGAACCAGAUAACCUGGAAUUAAUCUUUGAUUUUUUUGAGGAAGAUCUCAGUGAACAUGUAGUUCAGGGUGAUGCCCUUCCUGGACAUGUGGGCACAGCCUGUCUCUUAUCAUCCACCAUUGCGGAGAGUGGGAAGAGUGCUGGAAUUCUUACUCUUCCCAUCAUGAGCAGAAAUUCCAGGAAAACAAUAGGCAAAGUGAGAGUUGACUUUAUCAUUAUUAAGCCAUUACCAGGAUACAACUGUGACAUGAAAUCUUCAUUUUCUAAGUAUUGGAAGCCGAGAAUACCACUGGAUGUUGGACACAGAGGUGCAGGGAACUCAACAACAACUGCCCAGCUGGCUAAAGUUCAAGAAAAUACUAUUGCUUCUUUAAGAAAUGCUGCUAGUCAUGGUGCAGCCUUUGUAGAAUUUGAUGUUCACCUUUCAAAAGACUUUGUGCCUGUGGUAUAUCAUGAUCUCACUUGUUGUUUGACCAUGAAGAAGAAAAACUUUAGGCAUACACAGAAGUUUGAUGCUGAUCCAGUUGAAUUGUUUGAAAUUCCAGUAAAGGAACUAACAUUUGACCAACUCCAGUUGUUAAAGCUUGCCCAUGUGACUGCAUUAAAAUCUAAAGAUCGACAAGAAUCUGUGAUUGAGGAAGAAAAUUCCUUUUCUGAAAAUCAACCAUUUCCUUCUCUUAAGAUGGUUUUAGAGUCUUUGCCAGAAGAUGUAGGGUUUAACAUAGAAAUUAAAUGGAUCUGCCAACAAAGGGAUGGAAUGUGGGAUGGUAACUUAUCAACAUAUUUUGACAUGAAUAUGUUUUUGGAUAUAAUUUUAAAAACUGUUUUAGAAAACUCUGGAAAGAGGAGAAUAGUCUUUUCUUCAUUUGAUGCAGAUAUUUGUACAAUGGUUCGGCAGAAGCAGAACAAAUAUCCCAUAUUAUUUUUGACUCAAGGAAAAUCUGACAUUUACCCAGAACUUAUGGAUCUCAGAUCUCGGACAACCCCCAUCGCAAUGAGCUUUGCACAGUUUGAAAAUCUUCUGGGGAUUAACGCACAUACUGAAGACCUGCUCAGAAAUCCGUCCUAUAUCCAAGAGGCAAAAGCUAAGGGACUAGUCAUAUUCUGCUGGGGUGAUGAUACCAAUGACCCUGAAAACAGAAGGAAAUUGAAGGAAUUUGGAGUUCAUGGUCUAAUUUAUGAUAGGAUAUAUGAUUGGAUGCCUGAACAACCAAAUAUAUUCCAAGUGGAGCAGUUGGAACGCCUGAAGCAGGAAUUGCCAGAGCUUAAGAGCUGUUUGUGUCCCACUGUUAGCCACUUUGUUCCCUCCUCUUUGUGUGGGGAGACUGAUAUCAAUGGCAUUGAUAAUGUGGAGAAUGCUUAGUUUUUAUUGCAUAGGCCAUUUUGGGGCAUGCACCGCUGUUCUGGAUAAUCAGUUUUCAUCAUUGAGCAUUGUUUAUGCCUUUUGGGUUUCUCAGUCCAAUGAAGCAAUAAUGAAGUAUUUUACUCUUUCACUACAGUUCUUGCAAAAAUUUCAAAUAUGCUAUUUAAAUCACUUGGCCAGGUAUAAUUUCCAGUCAGUCUCUAGACAAGGAGAAAAUUUAUUGUUUGGUAAAUAUUUUUAAACUAAAUAUUUAAGCCUAUAAUGUUAAACAAAUCUUCAUUAAAAGCAUAGCACUUUGAAAUUAACUAUAUAAAUAUUUCAUAUUUACUCUUAGAGCUUUUCAUUUGAUCAGGUCUGAAAUCUUUAGCACUUGAGGAAAGUGACUACGCAUAAUUAUACCUGACCAUGGAACAAAUAAGUACCUCAAAUGCAUGCAUUUGCACUGGUGAUUCCAACUGCACAAAUGUUUGUGCCAUCUGUGUAUAUAGGUAUUUUUUACAUGGAUUGACAUACACAUACACCAUUUUCAUUCAGUAUGAACCUUGAGGCUGCUGCCAUUUCCCUCACUUAACCAAACCAGCCUGGAGGUGAGCCUUGAAACUCAUUUCAUCUUUCAAAAGUUGUUUUGCAUAAAUGUUAAAAUUUCAAAAUGCUGCAGGGUAAUGUAAUGUAUAAAAUAUUAGAAGUAUGUGUUACGUAUGUAGUAGAGUAGAUCACAAUAUAUAAAUUUGAUUCAAUGCAUGCUUUAGGUUUUGAGCAUGAAAUUAUACAUGUUUACUAUUCAGUCCUUGCAUCUGUGGUGCUAGGUAAGUGUGAGAAGAUGUCAAGGACUGAAAAUAUUUUGUUGCCUAAAACAAACAAAAAACAACAAAAAAAGCUAAGGCAUUUAAAGUAUGCUUAUUUUAAGAGUCUCUCACUACCUAUUUCACACUGUUGCUUUGUGGGUUUGUUUUGUGUGCAUAUUGUACAGUAGUUAAAUGUCCAUGCAGAAAAAUAAAUGUCCUGGA